CUAUGGUAUGUGCAUCCAUCUUUGACCAUGGAUGACGCCGUAAAAUGGGCGGUACGCACAAACAGCGGCAGGUGGAGACUCAUUAAUAGAGUUGUUUUACUUCCAGGUAGGAAAAAAAACCCACAAAAAUGAAUUAUAUGUAUAAAUAUUAGUGUUCCACUGGUAAUAUAUGAUCAUAUUAAUGGAUAUAGUUUACUCUGAAAUGUUUAAGAAAAUCACGGAUUGGCUCCUUUACAUGCAUCUAUCAUGCUUUUAUUUUGAAAGUCCCAAAUCAACCCAGGAAGUGAAUGGUUUCCGGUAAUCUUUGAAAAUGCCUGGAACCGAAGUUGUGUAGUUGUUUUUGGUCCAAAAAUACCCGGUUAUGGUUGUUAACCCAAUAUUUUUUGUAAUGAAAAGGGGAGUCUAGUUGUAGUUUUACUCGAGCUUUGGUCCAUCGUGGUUAAAGCGGAUCAAAUUCUCUGAUUUGAAAGUUUUUUUUUUGUUAAAAACCCGAUAGUCUGAGGCCAUGGCUGUCGAUUGGAUUGGGUUCGUGUAUGCUGCUUUGGUGACAGCAGGAGGAGUUGUGGGUUUCGUGAAGGCAGGAAGUGUCACCUCGCUGGCGGCAGGGCUCCUGUUUGGUCUGCUGGCCGCUCUGGGUGCUUAUCGCACAUCUCAGAAUCCCAGGAAUGUGUUGGUUUCCUUUGGUGCGGCAGGAACACUGGCUGUAGUGAUGGGACUCAGAUUCCUCAGCUCUGGGAAGUUCAUGCCAGCUGGAUUAAUGACUUUGACCAGUGGACUCAUGCUGGUGAAGAUCAUCUUUGGAAUGUUAAAGAAAAAGUCUAAUUCAACUUGAACUUUUGCUGUUGUAGCUCAUUCGAGCCCAAAGACAUGAGCUACAGAGAUAAUUGCUGACUUUAAAAUGGUUCCUUGUGAAUGUAAGCGAGUAUUGUUGUGUGGCCCUGUAAAAGACUGCCAUCCCAUUUAGGAUGUUCCCAAUUGUGGCUGGGAUAGGCUCCAGCAACCCCAUGAAAAUGGAUUAAAUGGGUUCAGAGAAUGCAUGUGAACUCCAUAGAGUACAGUAAGUGUCUCCCCUAAGAAGACAGUGGGAUGAAGCCUGAACUCCUACAAACCAAUGAGCAGAAGGCUUCUCGCCUCCCAGAGCUGCACCCUAAUGGAUGAUGAUGAUGAUGAUGAUAAAGCUCUGAGGAUUUAAAGGGUACCCAAACAGGGAAGUUGGAGGCUGACUCCACCCACAGCCGAAAUGUGAAAAUCCAAUCAGAGGGGCGGGGCUUGGAACAGGACUGUUAUCAUUACUGGAGCUGCAGAUCAUGACAUGAGACUUAAAAAUGUUGCAAUGACCGACAGAUGGCACCUUUAAAGCCCCAUUUAUAGAGGUCAACAGACAAAAAAAGUUGAUAUAGGGUUUGGUUACCCUUUAAGGUUUUCCGAAAUUAAAACUUGAAGUGUCAAAACAGACGUGAGCUGGAAUGUUUUGUCUAUUAAAUGAUUGAAUGUUG